GGAAAAGGGAGUGGGGGGGGUGACAGGUGUGUUUGGCAGCUGAUCUCACUCAAUCUCUCAGCCACAGGUAGACUGGACAAGUUACAGCUCAGUGAAAGGUGCUGGUGAGGGCAUUUCCAGAGCCACAGGAGCUGAACAGCUGUUAUACUUUUGAUGAUACGAAUCCCUUUCCUAUUUUCCAAUGGGUUUCCUCUCACCUGCAGCUCUGUGAGAGAGAGAGAGAGAGAGGGUAUAGAGAGAGAGGAAAACAACAACAAAAUGACUGGGAAUCGCUUCUCUGGAUUUUUCCAGCAACUUUUUGCAGGUUCUCACCACAAGUACCAUCCACUUCUCAACAAAGACACUCAACAAGACAAGGAGAAUGGGGAGCUUCGGUUAUCAAAAGUCGGCGGAAAAUAUCGGCCAAUUGAAGUCAUAUGUCCUAAGGAAGCCAGCACACAGCAUGUGGAGGAGUUGGUAAGAAAUCUCCAGGCUGAUCUAUACAAUGGCCUCACAGAUUGUGAUGUGCUUGAGCGUCGCAUUUCGUACGGAUGGAAUGAAUUUGGAGUGGAAAACGCUGAGCCGAUUUGGAAGAAAUACCUCAGCCAGUUCAAGAAUCCUCUCAUUCUGCUGCUCUUGGCUUCAGCUGUCAUCAGCAUCAUCACCAGAGAGAUUGAGGACGCAGUGAGCAUAACAGUGGCUAUAAUAAUUGUGGUCACCGUGGCAUUUAUACAGGAAUACCGUUCUGAGAAGUCCUUGCAAGAGCUAAGCAAGCUUGUUCCUCCUGAAGCAAACUGCAUUCGCGAGGGAAAACUGGAGCACCUGCUAGCACGUGAGCUCGUACCAGGAGACACGGUAUGCAUCUCAGUUGGAGACCGAGUACCUGCUGACAUCAGACUCUUUGAGGCUGUUGACCUGUUGAUUGACGAAUCCAGUUUUACAGGGGAAUCGGAGCCUUGUAAUAAAACUACUGCCACCUUAUCGGAGGCUGGGGAUUUGAGUUCUCUUCUAAACAUCGCAUUCAUGGGAACACUGGUUCAAUACGGGAAUGGAAAGGGUGUUGUGAUUGGAACUGGUGAAAAGUCUCAGUUUGGAGAAGUUUUUAAACUGAUGCAAGCUGAAGAGACUCCAAAGACUCCUCUACAGAAGAGCAUGGACAGGCUGGGGAAACAGCUGUCAAUAUUUUCCUUUGCAAUAAUUGGUUUAAUGAUGGCAAUUGGCUGGUUGCAAGGGAAGAAACUGCUUGGAAUGUUUACUAUCGGAGUUAGUCUUGCCGUUGCAGCCAUUCCAGAAGGCCUACCUAUCGUUGUAACGGUCACACUUGCGCUGGGAGUGAUUAGAAUGGCAAAGAAGAGAGUGAUCAUAAGGAAGCUUCCUGUUGUGGAAACCUUAGGUUGCUGUAACGUCAUCUGCUCUGACAAGACUGGCACCCUAACAGCCAACGAAAUGACCGUAACUCGCUUGGUGACUUCGGAUGGCAUUGAAGCUGAGGUGAGUGGUGUGGGAUACAAUGGAAAUGGGAAGGUGUAUUUACAACCCAGUGGGGAAAUUGUGAUGCCAUUCUCUAACGUAUCGGUGAGAAAACUGGUCGAGGCUGGAUGUUUGUGCAAUAAUGCCGUCAUCAGGGAAGAUGUACUGAUGGGACAACCAACAGAAGGUGCCUUAAUUGCACUUGGAAUGAAGAUGGAUCUGGAGAGAAUCAAGGAGAGCUACACGAGGAAGCAAGAAUAUCCCUUUAGUUCUGAACAAAAAUGGAUGGCGGUUAAAUGCACCUACAAGGAUCAGGAAUCCGAAGACAUUUACUUCAUGAAGGGAGCUUACGAGGGAGUGAUUGAGUACUGCAGCAGUUAUAACAAUGGGGGAAUAUCUGUUGCGCUGACUCCACAGCAGAAGAACGUAUACCUGAAACAACAAGCGAAGCUGGGAAAUGAAGGCUUGCGUGUACUUACAUUUGCCUCCGGACAUGAAUUGGGCAAACUGAAUUUCUUAGGCCUGAUUGGAAUUAUUGAUCCCCCGAGACCUGAAGUCCAAGAAGCAAUUCGCAUCCUUCAAAAUUCAGGAGUUGAUGUAAAAAUGAUAACUGGAGACUCCAAGGAAACGGCUAUUUGUAUAGGGAGAAGUAUAGGCCUUUACAAUGAUGAGAUGGAGGCAAUGUCAGGAGAGCAGCUGGGACAGCUAGAGGAUAAAGAUCUAUCGCACAUGGUGAAAAAGGUGGCUGUUUUCUUCAGAACAAGUCCAAAGCACAAACUGAAGAUAAUUAAGGCUCUGCAGACCCACGCGGCAGUGGUGGGGAUGACAGGCGAUGGCGUGAAUGAUGCUGUCGCUCUGAAAUCCGCUGACAUCGGCAUCGCCAUGGGGAAAACGGGGACCGAUGUCAGUAAAGAAGCAGCUGGCAUGAUCCUGGUGAACGAUGACUUUUCCUCUAUUUUGUGUGCAAUAGAAGAAGGCAAAGGAAUCUUUUACAACAUUAAAAACUUUGUCCGAUUUCAGCUGAGCACGAGCAUUUCGGCUUUGAGUUUGAUCACUUUGGCUACUAUAUUUAAUUUGCCAAACCCGCUGAAUGCCAUGCAGAUUCUGUGGAUCAACAUCAUUAUGGACGGGCCGCCUGCUCAAAGUUUGGGUGUGGAGCCAGUGGACAAGAACGUCAUUAAACGUCCUCCAAGAAAUGUCAGAGACUCUAUCCUCAAUAAGGGCUUAAUUUUAAAAAUCCUAUUCUCUUCUUUCAUCAUCAUUUGUGGUACUCUCUUUGUCUACUGGAAGGAGCUUCCAGAGGGAAGGAUUUCCUCAAGGACAACAACUAUGACCUUCACCUGUUUUGUCUUCUUUGAUAUGUUCAACGCUUUAAGCUGUCGUUCCCAGACGAGAUCCAUUUUCCAAAUCGGUUUCUUCAGUAAUCACGUGUUCCUGUGUGCGGUGCUUGGCUCGAUCCUGGGACAAAUGGCUGUGAUCUACUUCCCACCACUACAGAAAAUUUUCCAGACGGAAAGUCUCGGGUUAUUCGACUUGCUGUUUCUAGUAGGUUUAUCCUCCUCGGUGUUCUUUGUUUCCGAAAUUGUCAAGUUAAGCGAGAGAAUGUGGUUAUGCAUUGGACAGAGGAAAACUAAUCCCAAUCUCGACUCACAAGUAUGACCGCGCUUGACAAGAGAGUACACAUCACCGCAGACCUGUCUAUAUAUAUAUAUAUUUUUACAUAAAUUUUUAUCAUUUAAAAACCUUAACUAUGACCCUGCGUUGGACGGACGUCAUCGUGUGCGCUGGACCGACUUGCGAAAGGGACGAUGCUGUUUUCAAAACGGCAGCUGUGGAGUUCAAUUCCGAUUUGCAUCCUGGGAGGCCGUGGAGACCGGGUGAAGUUAACCGCUCUUGUACUAUCUCGCUUCUCUCUUGUCUUACGUGAGCAUAACGACAGUUUCAAAUUGCAAUGCGUCAGCCCCUCAGCAGUUUCUCUCGACGAGAAAACCCAGCAAACGGCACUUUGUUCCCUCUCGAUUCUGCGGGAAACCUUAAAAUGUCUGUAAACCCCCCCGCGAGCCACGGGAUCUCCCUCGACGUUAUGUUUAGAGAGGUUCUGUAAUAAGUUUGACAGUGCACCCACUUGAAAGUACGAAGGUCAAUGCGAGGGAAAGAAUUGUAACGGUAAUAAUAACGGUGCAUUGAUCCUCAAAAGAUUUUUUUUUUUCGUCUUCAAAGCACAGGGGUUUUGUGAGGUGUGUCGAGGGGUUGCACUCGGGCAGUCCCGUGAAGGCAAGUUGAAUUAUUUCGACCCUGAGGGAAAUGGUAGCCCCAAAUUAGUUAAACUGUUGUUGAGCGUGAAUGUGUCUCAUAAGUUUUGCACACCGUAUCACAGGUUUGCCUUCCCCCUGUGUGAUUCUCAUUAUAGUGAGAUUUCAACCGGAGAGUCUGAUCGACUGAGUAGGAAUGCCCUCGAUACUGCAACUUAUGACACUGGAACAACUCGAUGUACUUUUCUUCUCUCUCUCUCGCUCUCCACCACACAUUUCACCAGGAACCACGACUACACCAAAUGUCUAUAGGUUUACAUUAGCAAUGAGUAGAGAUGCACUACAGGUUUUUGAAAACUUAAAAAUAGAGACCGGGUCACUCUGUGAGCAGCAGUAGCUAUGUGCAAAGUAGUAAAAUAAUUUCCACGUUUAAUUCAAAACUUAUUGGAAAGCAAGGUAUUUAUUUCUGUGAAAGAACAUUUGUUUUCAAUGGGCGAUGUAUUGUAUGUAUGUUUGCAAAAAAANUAAUUGCACAUUCUAAGAUUAAUGUAUCAUUUGGCAAACAAAUGUACCAUGAGGGAGGGGGGGAAAUUUACCCAAAGGUAUUGUUUAAGAAUGACUUUGUGAUUUAUGGUCAUAAAA